AUGGAUGGAGAGGUGAGCGCGCAGGUCGCUUCUCCCAUUUUCCUCCACCAGGGGCUCCCGGGGCGCUUCCAUGAGGUGCCCGCCUUGGCAAGGAAGAGGGAUUUGUCAUGGCAAGGCCCCAAUGUCAACCAGCAGUCGCCGCCGCAGAGCCAGCAGCGGUUGAUGAGCUCUGGAUACCCAAAUGUUCAGAGUAACUGGAACCCAAAGAGCUGGGCUUGGGAUAGCACCGCGUUUAUCGCCAGGCCUGCUUCUGAUGCAUCGGAAGGGGCUCUCCGGCUUGCAACCCCUUCGAAGAUUUCAGAGAUGGAUCAGCAGCAGAAGAAGAACGGAGAGGAGAGUGUCCAGGACGUGACUUCAGUUGCUCCUCCGGAAGAGGAGGAGAGCCUCACCUUGAAGCUCGGUGGGCGUUCUUAUGCGACGGAAGAACCGGCGGUGAGGCCGAACAAACGGGUCCGGUCGGGUUCCCCAGGCAACGUGGGAAACUACCCCACCUGCCAGGUUGAUGACUGUAAAACCGACCUGUCGAAUGCCAAGGAUUACCACAGGAGACACAAGGUCUGCGAGGUUCAUAGCAAGACUACCAAGGCUAUGGUGGGCAACCAGAUGCAGAGAUUCUGCCAACAGUGUAGUAGGUAGGCGUAAUUUUCCUUCAAAUUUCUUUCCAGUUUUCGAACACUGUGGAGCUUGGAGUGGCGUAUUUCUUUCUUUUCCUCGUUCUGGACAGUUACUCGGUCCUUUUUUCUCUUAGAUUCCAUCUGCUCUCCGAGUUCGACGAGGGGAAGAGAAGUUGCAGGCGGAGGCUGGCGGGCCAUAAUCGACGGAGAAGGAAGACGCAGGCUGAGGAUGCUUCCUCUCGGCUGCUGCUUCCUCCAAAUCGGGCGAACACAGGCGGCGGGAAUCUGGAUAUCGUCAAUCUGCUGGCCAUCUUGGCCCGCUUGCAAGGUGAAAUGGGCUCCUUCUUCCUUCCCAUCAGACUCUGUGUUUGGGAAUUCUUCGAUCGUUGGUUGUUUAUCGGCUGGGUUUGCUGUCACAGGGCGCUGCGGAGAACUGAACGGCAACUCUUCUUUGCCUGAUAAAGACGGGAUCGUCCACAUUCUUAAUAAAAUCAACGCACUUCCCGGCCUGAAUUCCUCUGCCACGGUGCCCAAAACGGGAGGUUUUGAUCUCAAUGUUUCACAGGCCUCUGAAGACAUAGAACACCAUCCGAAUACGGAUGCCUCGGCCAUGGAUCUGCUUGCAGUUCUUUCUGCGGCAUUGAAGGCUUCUGGGGCUAACAAGGCUGCUGCGUUAUCUCAAGGGAGCAGUGACGGCAGUGCCGAUGACAAAACGAAGAUAAAUUCCUUAGAGCGCGCCGCUGAUGUGAACUCACAGAGCAAGAUACCGAGAUUUUCUCCGAUUUCUGUUGACACGAGGAGUGUCGCUCCUCGCCCAUCGACAGAUGUCGCGGAGCAUCCGGUUGAGGAAGCCCGUCCUAGUUUGCAGUUGCAGCUGUUUAGCUCCACGGAGGAGGACAGCCCACCGAAGAUAGGAUCAUGCCGGAGAUAUCUCUCAUCUGAGAGCAGUAACCCCAUGGAAGACGGAUCUCAUUCGUCGUCUCCUCCUAUUGAAAGGAGGCUCUUCCCGUUGCAGUCAGGAACAGAGGCUCUGAGACUUGUUGGCACAUCUACCUGCCGGGAAAACAAUGGAACUGUGGAUGCAGUCGCCAAUAGAGACUGGAGGGUACCUUUAGAACGCUUCAAGGAUGCAGAGAGAAGGGUCGGAAGCCGCGCCAUUUCGACCCUCCCGCAUCAAGCUGGGUACACCUCCUCUUCGUCUGGCUCCGAUCACUCGCCGUCAAGUUCGCAUUCUGAUGUCCAGGUAAACUGUGUUCGUUGAUUUCUAUCUCCUGGUGAUUUGGUUCGCCCGAGGUUGUUGAGCCCGACUUCCAUCUCCCUUUUCCUGAGAUCCCGUUGACUUAUCCACAGGAUCGGACUGGACGAAUCAUUUUUAAGCUUUUCGACAAGGACCCCAGUAAUUUCCCACCGAGCCUUCGAACCGAGGUUGGUAGAACGGAAGGGAUUGAUUCGUUAGGAGGGUUGAUUUCAAUCUGGGUGUUUAAAUCGAUUACGUGAAUCUUCUUCAUGCUUUUUUUACAGAUAUUAGCCUGGCUUUCGCACAGCCCAUCAGAGAUCGAGAGCUACAUUCGACCAGGCUGUGUGGUUCUAUCCAUCUAUCUGGCAAUGCCGUCAUUCGCAUGGGAGGAAGUGGGUUCCUGUUUUUGCGCGUUAAAAUUGCCGCUUAAAUAAAUGAAGGAUUUUUCUCACGGAUACGCCUCUGUCUUGCAGCUUCACGAAGAGUUUCUUCAGAGAGUCUCGGCGCUCGUCCAACGCGGUGACUCCGAUUUAUGGAAAACCGGGAGAUUUCUGGUUCACACCGAUAGGCAGCUUGCAUCACACAAAGACGGUAUCUUAUCUUUCCUCUCUCGAUGAUUGCUAGUUGGUUUUCUAGUUUUUGUGGGCAUCCGUAGAAUCGGAGAUUGCGAUCCGCAGGGAAGAAUGUGUCGAGGGAGAGUGAUGGUCUAGUUUUUGGGUGAUUUCCAGGGAAGAUCCACCUGUCCAAGUCAUGGAGAAGUUGGAGCGCGCCAGAGUUGAUAUGCGUCUCGCCGCUGGCGGUGGUGGGCGGAGAAGAAACCUCCGUCGUCCUGAGAGGCCGCAAUCUGACUUCCCCAGGAACCAGGUGAGAAGUCUGCUGGCUCGCUGUGAUAUCGAAUUCCUCGCGGCUGAUCAAGGUGUUGUGGCCGUCGUAGGGUCCACUGUACUUUCAUGGGCGGCUACUCUUCCAAGGAGCUCGCGUCUUCACAUUCCCCUAGUGCAACAGUCUGUGAUGACUCCGGCGUGGAGAGCUUCAGCUUCCCAGGGGGGUCUCCCAAUGUGUUCGGCCGCUGCUUCAUAGAGGUGGGCGGCAUUUCAGUCGACUGGACCCGUCGGAGUUUGUGGAUGAUUCUCAUUCUGAAUGCUUGUUCUUAUGAUUUCUAGGUGGAGAAUGGUUUGAAGGGGAACAACUUUCCUCUCAUCAUCGCAGACGGGACGAUCUGCAGAGAGCUGAGACUCCUGGAACCAGACGUCGAAGUUGAUCUCAGAACCGACGCGGAGGCGCGACCCAGAUCGAGGGAAGAUUGCCUCCACUUUCUCAACGAGCUCGGGUGGCUCUUUCAGAGGCGCCAGUCCUGCCCCCCUCGCUUGGGAGAUUUCUCGAGCUCGAGGUUCAAGUUCCUCUUCGUGUUCUCCGUCGAGCGGGACUUCUCCGCCACAGUCGGAAAGCUCCUGGACAUCCUCGUCGAGAAAUGCCGCGGCGAUGACGGAGCCAUCCAGCAGUCCCUGGAGAUGCUCUCUGAGAUCCAGCUUCUGCACCGGGCGGUGAAGAGGAAGUGCCGCAAGAUGGUCGACCUGCUCCUGCACUACUCCGUCGACGGCGCAACCGACGGCAAGAGGUUCUUCCUCUUCCCUCCCGAUCUCAAAGGCCCCGGCGGCCUCAGCCCUCUCCAUCUGGCGGCGUCCAUGCAGGACUCGGCGGACAUCGUCGAUGCCCUCACCGAUGAUCCCCAGGAGGUGAACCCCACUCCACUUCACCCCACUCCACUCCAUCUCCCUGUGGUUUCCGUGUUUUAAUGGCGGGUUUCCGUCUGUGGCAAACAGAAGGGGUUGACCUGCUGGGCUUCCUCGGUUGACGACAACGGGGAGUCCCCUCACGGCUACGCAGCGAUGAGGAACAACCACGCGUACAACAGGUUGGUGGCCGUGAAGAUCGCCGACAGACGAAAUGCCCAGGUGUCGAUAACGAUAGUCAACGGGGAAGGUGCUGCUCCGGCGAGGUCCUGGGCGGCGAUGGAGGUGGGAAAGCCGCCGGCCGCCGCUCGGUCCUCGUCGUGCGCGCGGUGCGCGAUGGGGGAGCGGGUGCGGAUCAGGUCAACCCUCCGCCCACAGGGGCUGCUGCAGCGCCCCUAUGUCCACUCCAUGCUGGCCAUCGCAGCGGUCUGCGUAUGCGUCUGCCUCUUCCUCAGGGGCGCUCCGGAGCUCGGCUCCGUUGCGCCGUUCAAGUGGGAGACCCUCGGCGUCGGCACGAUGUAG